AUGUGGAAGCUCAAGAUUGCUGAAGGCCAUGGCCCUUAUUUAUACAGCACGAAUAAUUUCGUGGGUCGACAAAUAUGGGAGUACGAGCCUAACGAGGGAACUCCAGACGAGCGCGAAGCUUUUCGAAAAGCCCGCGAACAAUUUGACGAGAAUAGGAAGAAGGGAUUUCAUUCUUGUGGUGACCUCUUCAUGAGAAUCCAGCUAAAAAAGGAAAGUGGAAUUGAUCUGCUGGGCACACCGCCAGUUAGAAUCGGAGAACACGAAACGGUGACGUAUGAAACGGCGACGGCGGCCGUCAAGAAAGCUCUGCGGCUGAACCGCGCCCUCCAAGCGAGCGACGGCCACUGGCCCGCCGAAAAUGCGGGCCCCAUGUUCUUCACUCCUCCACUGAUUAUUGCUCUGUACAUAAGUGGAGCAAUCAACACGAUUUUGACCUCAGAGCACAAAAAGGAAUUGGUCCGCUACAUCUACAACCAUCAGAAUGAGGAUGGUGGGUGGGGUUUUUACAUAGAGGGACACAGUACAAUGAUUGGUUCGGCCCUCAGCUACGUUGCCCUGCGGCUGUUAGGAGAGGGGCCGGACGGUGGCAAUGGCGCCGUCUCGAGUGCCCGCAAGUGGAUCCUCGACCACGGUGGGGCCACCGGGAUUCCCUCGUGGGGAAAAACCUAUCUCUCGGUUCUUGGAGUGUAUGAUUGGGAUGGGUGCAACCCACUCCCCCCGGAGUUUUGGUUGUUCCCUUCGUUUUUCCCGUAUCAUCCAG